AAUCCACCUCACACUUCAUACUUUUCAACUUCAAAGUUCAAACACAUCAGAAACCAACCAACCAACCAACCGAAAAGAAGAAGGCAAAAACAAGAUGAAAACUAAAAGAACAAAAGCUAAUAGAAGAACUAUGCAAAUUUAUAAUACUGUAUUUAGUUUUAGAGAACCUUAUCAAGUGAUUGUUGAUGCAGAUUUUAUGAUUACUGUGAUGACUCAAAAAAUCGAUUUGGUUUCUAGAUUAGAAUCUGUUCUAGGAGGAAAAGUUAAACCAAUGAUUACCCAAUGUACAAUUUCACAUUUAAUCAAUCUAGCCAAAGAAGGUAACCAAAUCGCACAAGAAGCAGUCAAUCAAUCCAGAUCCAUAUGUGAAAGAAGGAAAUGUAAUCAUUGGAAAACCAAAGAAAGUUCAAUAAAAUGUAUUGAAGGAAUCAUUGGUUUUAAAGAAAACAAAUUAAGAUAUUUGAUUGCUACACAAGAUUUUGAGUUUCGGACUUUUUUAAGAAAGAAUGUGAUUGGGGUUCCGAUCCUUUAUCUUAAUAAAUCGGGUUUACUUUUGUUGGAAGAUGAAGGUCCUGCUAGUGAACUUAAAAGACAAGAGAUCGAAAAUCAAAAACUACAUAUUCCAAAAGAAGAAUUAGAACUACUUCAAUCCUCCAACUCCAAUCCAACCACAAACCUCCAAAUCAUCAAUACCAACCAACCCAAUUCAUCUUUAACAAAUCCAGAAACCACUACUAUUACAAGUAAAUCAAAUGAAAGAUUAGAAAAGAAACUAAAGAAAACUAAAAAGAAAAAAGAACCUAAUCCAUUAAGUAUUAAAAAGAAAUCAAAGAAACCGAUGAGUAGUCUUACAAAAAAGUUUAAGGAUUCAAGUUUAGUUAAACCUAACAGGUUUAAAGAAGAAAAGAAAGAAGAAAUUCAAAAAUCUAAAAGGAAACGAAAUCAUUCUAAAACUAAAAAAUCAAACUCGAUUGAAAAUUGA